AUGAAAUAAAAACUUUUUCUAAUGAAAACUCAUUCAUAUGCUUUGGAUCAUAGUUAUGGUCCUAAAUAGAAUAUGAAUACUUCACAAGUAAGUCACUCCAUAUAGCCAUCACCAAGGUCAUUAGCCACUUAGAAAAGCCAAAAUAGUGUGAUUGAAUUGCCUACUCGCUUUUAAAGUUAGGAUUUAAGUGUAAUAUUAGAAUCUGAGUAAGAUCCUAAAAUGAAACGUAAGUAUAUUUUGAAAUGAAGGCUAUAAAUAUUAGUGCAAGAAUCCAUAGUUAGUGAGAUUGGAAAAAAUUUAAGAGUUAGUAUACAAUAAGAAAUUAUAAAAUAAAUGCAAAUACACAGAAAAGAGUAGAAACAUCAAAAAAGCAGUUUCAGUUCCAAAAGGUAGUGUAUCUAUAAUGCUAAAUAAUUAAACAUAAAAACAUUCUAAUUUCAAUCUAACAAAAAAAGUAACUGCUAGAUCUAAGUUUAAAAUGAAGUGGAAAACUAUAUAAUGGCUUUUAAAAAAUAGAAAGGAAGCAAUAACUUAACUCUUUAGCAAUUAUUAAGUUAUGGUUAAAUAUGCAAAACAAAAAUAAAAUGGUCUCAAUAAAGCAGAAUUUAUAGAUUUAUUAAGUGUUGUAGGAUUGAGCACUGAUCUUUCAGAAAAACUAUUUUAUGUUUUCGAUGAAGAUUAGAGUGGCACAAUAGAUUAUAAGGAGUUAAUUGUUGGAUUAGAGGUUUUUAAGGAAGACUCAAUUGAAGAGAAAAUGAAAGUAUUUUUUGAAAUUUGUGAUACUGAUGGAAGUGGAGCCAUCUCUGAAUAAGAAUUAUAUAAUGUCUUAAAAUUAAAUAUAGCAUCAUUCAGUGACAGAUAGAAAUUAAAAAAAACAAUUUCAAAGAUUUUUAUAGAAUGUGAUAUCAAUGGAGAUGGUUAAUUAGAUAAGCAAGAGGUAUUAGAAGCAGCAAAAAAUAAUUUUACUUUAAGAUAACUCUUAUAAUAAGGAAUAAGAGAUGUUAAAUAAAUUGACAAUUUGAUUGAUAAUGAUCUCCAUGAGAAUUUUAAUGAGUGGGUUCCUGCUUCUGCCAAUUUUGUCAAUUAUAAAGAAGGAAUUUUCUAUCCUUACAAUGAUAAACUAUUGCAAGCAUUCAAAGAAAUGGAAGAAGUAUUUAGAUAUCAUUAUUAUUUCUAGAUUUAUGAUAAAAAAGAAAAGAUAUUUAAAUAUGUUCAUAGAAAUGAAUAAAGCAACCCAUUUAAUUAGGAUGCAUGA